UGGAUUUGGACUGACUUUCUGACCAAGCCAUUGUGUGUUUGGGAGAUUUUUUUUUUAGCUUUUAUGCUUCCUCUUGCUUGUUUUGAUUGUUUUUUUCUGAUUACAUUACACAAAGCUCCUUUUCAAAGCGUUGGUGAACACAAGUGCCUGUGGAUCAGUGUGCUCUGCAGAGAUCCCACAUCUUCCAGGAUGUGCUCUAUGGGCGUAGUACAUCAGUGGAGCCUGGCUGUGUUCCUGCUGGUUUCCCCGUUGACCCUGGACGGCAGACCCAUGGAUGUUCCCAGCAACAGGACGAGGCGAUCGGUGAGCCACACCCAGCUCAUGCACGACAAGGGCCGGUCCCUGCAGGAGUUCAAGCGCCGCAUGUGGCUGCAGGAGCUGCUGGACGAGGUCCACACCGCAGACGCCUCCAUCCCCCCCUUCCAGGGCUCCCCAAACAGUGGCCCCGGUGGUGGUAGUGCUGGUGGUGGAGGUGGUGGAGCUGCUGGUGGUGGUGGAGGUGGUGGUGGUGGUGGGGGUGGUGGUGGGGGUGGAGCCGUGCACCAGAAGCCCCCGGGAGGAACCAAGAACCUGCCGGUGAGGUUCAGGACUCUGGACCCAGAGGGGGACGCCAACCUGCCCCAGGAGACCAACAAGGUCCUGGCCUACAAGGACCAGCCGCUCAAGGCAGCCACCAAGAGGAAGAAGAAGGUCCGACUGGGCCGGCGGAAAGAGAGCGAGAAGAAGAGGAAGCGGGCGCGGCGGGCUGUCGCGGCGACGGAGGCUCCGCACACGAGGGUGAACCGGGCCUCAUAGCUCCUCCCCCCCAUCCCUCUGGUCCUGAAGCCAUAAGACCCCAGCCCUAGCGUCUGCGUCCC